AUGGGUCUCCAAAGGCUUUCUUGGUUGGCUCUGGGCCUUCUAUCGGCUCUGCAUGUCGAUGUCAGCUCGGCCGUUGCGUUGAAGCCCCUCGAUCUUGUUCAGCAUACCGGCCAGAAGGUAUCUCGUGACAAUGAUUAUUCGAAACUGGAUCUCCUCAGCUCUGAGACUUUCCUCUGGGGUGGUUCGACUGGCAACAGCCGGUAUGCCCUCGGAAAUUUCACCACCUUCUAUCCCGGCAAGCACGAGAACAUCAUCUCCUUGGAGAAGAUUUACCCCAUGCUCAAGUCGACCGAAUGCACACCCCACAGCUUGACCAUGAAUUUCGACGACGACCAGGCCUACCGCUAUGGUGCCAAAGCCUGGCAAUGGGUCAACGAUGAGAAGAACCGAACCUUUGUUCUCGUCGCCGGCCAAGGCCACUGCAACUGGAACGAAGACCGUCUCCCAUUCGUCAUCACUGAUGUCGAAUUCGACGAUGCAAGCAACACCAUCAAGGCAAUUGGCCACGCCAGCGACUGGAAGAAGGUCUCUCACUCGUACGAGCUCUUCGUUGGAGGUCGUCCCGCUUCGAACAAGCGCGACUACGACGACAGCUAUUCAUUCGAUGUCAACCACAAUCUGCCUCUUAGCCACGUCCAGGUCGGCGAUGGUGAUAUCAAGCUCUCGUACGACUGCUACGGCUGCGGAACCAAGGGAGAGUUUGAAUUCGCCUUCCACAUUUCCACCUGGAUGGGAAUUCCGAAGGAUGUCGAGCUUGUCCUUUCGCCCCACGGCGUUGAAGCCGUCUUCGAGCCUCGUGUUGGUAUCGUCGCCAAUCUCCCUGGCGAGAUCAGCAAGGAAUAUCCUCUGGGAACCAUCCCCAUCGAUGGAAUCUCUAUCGCUGGUGGCAUUUUGGAUCUUGGCCCCGAACUUGAGUUCGGUUGGGGAUUCUCUGCUGGUCCGCUGAAGGGCAGCGCCGGAAUCACGACUGGAGGUACCCUCAGCCUCUCUGAUUCGGCGUCGAUGACCAUCGACCUGCUGGACCCUGAUGUUUCUCAGAAUGGAUGGGAGCCGAAAUUCACCCCCAAGGAGUUUACUGUCGAUGCUGCUCUGAGCGGAUCUGUUGAACUGGACCUGUUUGCCAAGAUCCAGCUUGCGCUGGAGGCUCUCGACCAUGGCUUCGAUGUUGGUGUCAAGCUGCAGCCAUUUGGUGGUGCAACUGUUUCGCUGGCAGCGAAUUCUGGCGAUGCCUGCGUCGGGCAGGAAGGAAAGCACGAAGCUGUGAAGCUGCUGCCCUCUGUUGGCGCGGCGCUCAUUGGAGAAGCCGCUGUCAAGGAUGGGACCGAGAGUCCAUUCCUGAGCGCAACGCUUGCCUCAUACGUCUACACCUUGCCCACCUUCUGCACCGCCUUCAACGCUGGCCCAAGCCUUCCCACCGAAUCCUUCUCUAGCGCUCCUCUCUACUCGAUUCCCAGCUACUCGAAACCCUCCCCUCACUACUUGACAUCCGCACCCCCAUCAUCGUUCCCUUCACCUCUGCCAACCAUUCCCCACCCUUCGUCUUGGGAUAUUCCUUCAUCGACUUCGGUGCCCUCGUCGUCGGCUUCUAAGCCCUCGUCUUCGAUUCCCCUGCCGCCAUCUUCGUUGCCCCCCGCUCAUUCGUCCUCGGCUCCCCUUCCUCCAUUGUCCACCCCUCUCUUUCCAUCGUCUAUUCCUGUUCCCCCACACUCCUCUAUCCCAAUGCCACCCCCUUCCUCUGUGACAACACCUCCUCAGCCUCCUCAUUCUUCAUCUGUGCCAGUCUCUGUGCCUAGCAGCGGGUCCAGCUCGAGCUCCAUUAUCCCCGUGGUCCGCCGACGACAUGUCGCAAGACAGGCAAAUCAUGCCCAUGCUUGA